GGCCCGCCCCGUCCCCCAGAGGCCGCAUAUAAACGAGCUCCCCGGACCGGGCUCGCUGCGAAGGACAUUCGGGCUGUGUGUGCGACGUGGUUCGAAGGGGCAGUCGGGGCAACCGCGAAGAAGCCGAGGAGCCCAGAGCCCCGCGUGACGCUCCUCUCUCAGUCCAAAAGCAGCUUUUGGUUCGGCGCAGAGAGACCCGGGGGUCUAGCUUUUCCUCGAAAGGCGCCGCCCUGCCCUUGGCCCCGAGGAUAGACAAAGAGCACCGCAGGGCCGAUCACGCUGGGGGCGCUGAGGCCGGCCAUGGUCAUGGAAGUGGGCACCCUGGACGCUGGAGGCCUGCGGGCGCUGCUGAGGGAGCGCGCGGCGCAAUGCCUGCUGCUGGACUGCCGCUCCUUCUUCGCCUUCAACGCCGGCCACAUCGCCGGCUCUGUCAACGUGCGCUUCAGCACCAUCGUGCGGCGCCGGGCCAAGGGCGCCAUGGGCCUGGAGCACAUCGUGCCCAACGCCGAGCUGCGCGGCCGCCUGCUGGCCGGCGCCUACCACGCCGUGGUGUUGCUGGACGAGCGCAGCGCCGCCCUGGACAGCGCCAAGCGCGACGGCACCCUGACUCUGGCGGCCGGCGCUCUCUGCCGCGAGGCGCGCGCCGCGCAAGUCUUCUUCCUCAAAGGAGGAUACGAAGCGUUUUCGGCUUCCUGCCCGGAGCUGUGCAGCAAACAGUCGACCCCCAUGGGGCUCAGCCUUCCCCUGAGUACUAGCGUCCCUGACAGCGCGGAAUCUGGGUGCAGUUCCUGCAGUACCCCACUCUAUGAUCAGGGUGGCCCGGUGGAAAUCCUGCCCUUUCUGUACCUGGGCAGUGCCUAUCACGCUUCCCGCAAGGAUAUGCUGGAUGCCUUGGGCAUCACUGCCUUGAUCAACGUCUCAGCCAAUUGUCCCAACCAUUUUGAGGGUCACUACCAGUACAAGAGCAUCCCUGUGGAGGACAACCACAAGGCAGACAUCAGCUCCUGGUUCAACGAGGCCAUUGACUUCAUAGACUCCAUCAAGAAUGCUGGAGGAAGGGUGUUUGUUCACUGCCAGGCAGGCAUUUCCCGGUCAGCUACUAUCUGCCUUGCUUACCUCAUGAGGACUAACCGAGUCAAGCUAGACGAGGCCUUUGAGUUUGUGAAGCAGAGGCGAAGCAUCAUCUCCCCCAACUUCAGCUUCAUGGGCCAGCUGCUGCAGUUUGAGUCCCAGGUGCUGGCCCCACACUGCUCGGCAGAGGCUGGGAGCCCUGCCAUGGCUGUGCUGGACCGAGGCACCUCCACCACCACCGUGUUCAACUUCCCCGUCUCCAUCCCUGUCCACUCCACGAACAGUGCGCUGAGCUACCUUCAGAGUCCCAUCACGACCUCUCCCAGCUGCUGAAAGGCUGUGGGAGGUGAGGCUCUUCACAUCCCACUGGGACUCCAGGCUCCUUGAGAGGAGAAAUGCAGUAACUCUGGGAGGGGCUCGAGAGGGCUGGUCCUUAUUUAUUUAACUUCACCUGAGUUCCACUGGGUUCCUAAGCAGUCGUUGUGAUGACUUAGCGUCAAGACAUCUGCUGAACUCAGCACAUUCGGGAUCAAUAUGUAGUGGGUACAUCAAGUCCCUCUGACAGAAUGGGGCAGAAGAGAAAGGACUCUGUGUGUGAGCCGGUUUCUUUUUGCUCGCCCCUGUUUUUUGUAGAAUCUCUUCAUGCUUGACAUACCUACCAGUAUUAUCAUUCCCGACGACACAUAUACAUAUGAGAAUAUACGUUAUUUAUUUUUGUGGAGGUGUGUGCCUCCACAAAUGUCAUUGUCUACUCCUAGAAGAACCAAAUACCUCAAUUUUUGUUUUUGAGUACUGUACUAUCCUGUAAAUAUAUCGUAAGCAGGUUUGUUUUCAGCACUGAUGGAAAAUACCAGUGUUGGGGUUUUUUUUUUAGUUGCCAACAGUUGUAUGUUUGCUGAUUAUUUAUGACCUGAAAUAAUAUAUUUCUUCUUCUAAGAAGACAUUUUGUUACAUAAGGAUAACUUUUUUAUACAAUGGAAUAAAUUAUGGCAUUUCUAUUGAAA